AUGGCGUCCACGCAACGGGUGGUGAAGGCGGUCGCGGGCAUGGUGGGGAUCCUGGGACUCGGGGUCGGGCUUUGGGCGGCCAUGACGCCCGACGAGGCGCAGCUGAAGGAGAGGAUCAAGGACCUUCCUCGUUCCAGCCCUCAGCAGCGGGCUGAGCGGCGACAUCUGAAUGCCCAGGUGAUGGCAACUAUCAAAGAGGCAGCUGAAACCAACGAGAAUGUGGCCCGGAGGACGUGGCCCUGGCACAAGUAG